AUGGGCGUCGACUACGAGAAGCGAGCUGCGGACAGCUCGAGUAGCGAUGGCAUCGACUCAGUUGAUUAUGCCGACUACGAGAAAAUCGUGGUGGGCCAAGCUCCCAUACCGACACAACUACCAGAAGAGCUAGUAGCGCCACUACAUCGAUCACGCCCGACACCGCGGCAGAAAAACCAGGAGGAAGAUGUGUUUGCGCACUUACCAGAGCAUGAAGCCACAAUCUUGAAGAGGCAGUUGGAGAUACCCCCGGUCAAGCUGACAUACAAGGAUCUCUACCGGUACUCGAGUAGGAUGGACCUCUUCAUCAUCGUCAUGUCCUCCAUAUCAGCAAUUGGAGGAGGCGCUGCCAUGCCGCUCAUGACCAUCGUGUUCGGAUCUCUUGCGGGCACUUUUCAAGGCUUCUUCCUUUCAACAACUACCGGAGCGGAGUUCACAGACACUACGAGCCGACUGACGCUGUACUUUGUAUACCUCGCUAUUGGAGAAUUCAUCUUGUCGUACAUCUACACGGUCGGCUUCAUCUACACUGGCGAACACAUUGCCGGCAAGAUCAGACAGCACUACCUCGCCAGUAUUCUCCGCCAGAAUAUCGGAUACUUCGACAAGCUGGGAGCUGGAGAAAUCACCACCAGGAUCACAGCCGAUACGAAUCUCGUCCAAGAUGGAAUUUCCGAAAAGGUCGGGCUUACGAUGCAAGCUGUUGCCACAUUUGUUGCAGCCUACGUGAUUGGAUACAUUAAAUACUGGAAGCUGACACUCAUCUUGACAUGCACGAUUGUGGCCAUCUUCCUUACCAUGGCUGUUGUGGGCCAAUUCAUCGUCAAAUUCAACAGACAAUCUCUCGCUUCCUACGCCGAGGGUGGAACUGUUGCCGAGGAAGUCAUUAGCUCCAUCCGCAAUGCCAUUGCUUUCGGCACGCAGGACAAACUCGCCAACGAGUACGACAAGCACCUCUGUGCUGCCGAAAAGGCAGGGUUCAGGAUGAAGGCCAUCACGGGUGCCAUGAUUGGCUUCUUGAUGACAUACAUCUACUUCACUUACUCCCUCGCUUUCUGGCUUGGAAGCAAGUACAUUGUCAGUGGCGAGAGCACGCUUUCUGAUAUUCUCACUAUCCUGCUGUCCAUCAUGAUUGGCGCGUUUGCUCUGGGGAAUGUGGCUCCCAACAUUCAGGCAAUCACGACCGCUGUCGCAGCCGCUUCGAAGAUUUACGCAACGAUUGAUCGCGAGUCGCCUCUGGAUUCCUCGUCGACGAAAGGCAAGACCAUUGAAAACCUGAAAGGAUACUUGGAGCUUCGCAACGUCAAGCAUAUCUAUCCAUCUCGGCCAGAAGUCACGGUCAUGGAAGAUGUCAGUCUGCUAGUCCCAGCGGGCAAGACCACAGCACUCGUGGGAGCCUCGGGUAGUGGAAAGAGCACCAUUGUGGGUCUGGUGGAGCGCUUUUACGAUCCUGUAGGUGGCGAAGUGUUGCUAGAUGGUGUGAAUGUGCAGGACCUCAACCUGCGAUGGCUGCGGCAGCAGAUCAGCUUGGUCUCGCAGGAGCCCACACUCUUCGCGACUACGAUCGCUGGCAACAUCAGGCACGGUCUGAUUGGUACCAAGUAUGAGAACAUGUCCGAUGAUGAGACCAGAGAUCUGAUCGAGAAUGCUGCCAAGAUGUCGAACGCGCACGACUUCAUUCGCGCUUUGCCGGAGGGCUAUGAGACAAACGUCGGCGAACGUGGAUUCCUGCUGUCCGGUGGUCAAAAGCAGCGUAUUGCGAUUGCAAGAGCUAUUGUCAGCGAUCCAAAGAUUCUGCUCCUGGACGAGGCCACUUCUGCUCUGGACACGAAGAGUGAGGGUGUAGUGCAGAGCGCUCUCGACGCAGCCGCCAAGGGAAGAACCACGAUCGUCAUCGCUCACCGUUUGAGUACGAUCAGAGACGCAGACAACAUUGUUGUCAUGUCGCAAGGCCGUAUCGUCGAGCAAGGUCACCAUAACGAACUUCUCCAGAGGAGAGCUGCGUACCACAACCUUGUCGAGGCUCAGAAAAUCGCCGCGGAGUCUGAACAGAAGCGCGAAGAAACCGAGGAGCUUCUCGCGGAGACGUAUGGCAAUUUGCUCGAGAAAGCAAAGACUGGAGAAGCCGGCCAGUACGGGUCCGACCCAAACGACCUCGCACUGGGCCGCACCCAGUCCAGAAUGUCCGCCUCCAGUGCUGUUCUCGCAGAUCGAAAGCUGGACAAGUCCUCCAAGUACCAUCUCUGGGCCCUGGUCAAAGUUGUCGCUUCGUUCAACAGACAGGAGCUAGGAUAUAUGCUGCUCGGCCUGGCCACUGCCAUCAUCUGUGGUGGUGGUCAGCCAGUCCAAUCUUUGUUCUUCGCGAAGACCAUCACUGCCUUGUCGCUUCCGCCUCCGAUGUACGAUGACCUCCUCUCUGAAACAAGUUUCUGGUCCUGGAUGUACUUCAUGCUGGCAUUCGUGCAACUGAUCGCGUACACCGUCAACGGCGUGGCUUUCGCUUACUGCAGUGAGAGGCUUGUACACCGUGCUAGAGACCGAUCGUUCCGGACAAUGCUGAGACAGGACAUCUCGUUCUUCGACAAAGACGAGAAUUCUGCUGGUGCCCUGACGGCUUUCCUGAGCACGGAGACCACGCACUUGGCUGGUAUGUCUGGUGUCACUCUGGGAACGAUCUUGCUUGUGAGCACCACUCUCGUUGUUGGCUUUAUUAUCGCCUUGGCGGUUGGCUGGAAACUAGCGCUGGUCUGCAUUGCCACCGUUCCUGUUGUGCUCAUGUGCGGUUUCCUCCGACUCUGGAUGCUUGGUCGAUUCCAGGCGCGUGCCAAAAAGGCCUAUGAGAAAUCUGGCUCUUAUGCUUGUGAGGCAACCUCUGCCAUCCGCACCGUCGCUUCUCUGACGCGAGAAAACGAUGUCUGGGAGCAUUACCACCACAUGAUCGCAGACCAGGAAGCCUCAUCGCUGCGCUCAGUUCUACAGUCGUCGACCCUCUACGCUGCAUCACAGAGCUUCAUGUUCCUGUGCAUUGCGCUUGGAUUCUGGUACGGAAGCACACUGAUCGCCAGCGGCGAUUACACACUCUUCGAGUUCUUUUUGUGCUUCCAGGCUGUCAUUUUCGGUGCCCAGUCGGCCGGUACGAUUUUCAGCUUCGCGCCCGACAUGGGCAAAGCCAAGCACGCUGCUGCCGAGAUGAAGACUUUGUUCGACAGGAAGCCAGAGAUUGAUACCUGGAGCCCGGACGGAGAGAUCAUGCACCUGGUAGACGGCGAUGUUCAAUUCCGCAAUGUACACUUCCGCUACCCGACACGGCCUGAGCAGCCUGUGCUCCGUGGUUUGGACCUCUCGAUCCGACCGGGACAGUACGUCGCUCUCGUGGGACCAUCCGGUUGCGGCAAGUCGACUACCAUCGCACUGCUCGAGCGCUUCUACAAUCCGCUUGUUGGAGGCAUCUACGUCGACGGCCGCGAAAUUUCCUCGCUCAACGUCAACUCGUACCGAAAUCACAUUGCCCUCGUAUCACAGGAGCCAACCCUCUACCAGGGUACCAUCCGCGAGAACAUCCUCCUAGGCGCCGACAAGAAGCCCGAAAACGUUCCCCACGAGGCUAUCAUCCAAGCCUGCAAAGACGCCAAUAUCUACGACUUCAUCCUUUCCCUCCCGGAAGGAUUCGAUACCGUGGUUGGAAGCAAGGGCAGCAUGCUCUCUGGGGGUCAGAAGCAACGUGUCGCGAUCGCUCGUGCUCUGCUUCGAGACCCGAAAAUCCUUCUCCUCGAUGAAGCGACGAGCGCUCUCGAUUCCGAGUCGGAGAAAGUCGUACAGGCGGCCCUGGAUAAGGCAGCCAAGGGCCGCACGACCAUCGCGGUGGCACACAGACUCUCGACGAUCCAGAAGGCGGACAUGAUUUACGUGUUUGACCAAGGAAGGAUUGUGGAGAACGGCACGCAUAGCGAGCUGAUGAGGAAAGGUGGAAAAUACUCUGAGUUGGUCAACUUGCAGAGUUUGGGGAAGACGCAUUAG